AUGUAUUCCUCAAAUACCUCCCUCAACGGCAAUGACCUAAUCUCGUACCCUAACCAACCAUUUUGCUUUAGGCCUUUUUCCUUUGAAAGCAACCCAACUUAUAAUUCUUCAAAAGAGGAAACCAAUUCCAAUUACGCCCUCCCUCCUCCUCCUUUGUCCUUUUUUCAAUUCCCCUUUGAAGACAAUAUCUUCCUCGAACAACACCAUGACUUGUUACUUCACCACCACCAAUCUCUAGCAGACCCUCCACUUGUUAACAUGGAGCUUCCACCAAUUAUUCCUUGUGCACAAGGCACCACCACCACAAUGAUGGAUCACACACCUAGAAAGAGAUCCAGCAAGAGAGAUCGCCACAGUAAAAUCAACACCGCACGAGGACUCAGGGAUCGAAGAAUGAGGUUGUCCCUUGAAGUUGCCAAGAGCUUUUUUGGCUUGCAAGACAUGCUAGGCUUUGACAAAGCCAGCAAAACUGUGGAGUGGUUACUGAACCAAGCCAAAGUUGAAAUCAAACAACUUGUUAGAGAGAAGAGUGGUGGUGGUGCUGCCAAGAGUGCAUCCUCAACUUCGGAAUGUGAAGGGGUGUCAAGCUUGGACGAGGUCGUGGUAAGUGGAGUUAACCAAGAACAAGAGAGGGAGCCACACGUGAAGAGAAGAACGAGUAAGCUUUGUAGAAAAAGUGCAUUCAAUCCUAUUGGUAAGGAAUCGAGGGAAAAGGCAAGAGAAAGGGCAAGAGAACGUACAAGAGAAAAGAUGAGGACUCGGAACCUGAACCGUUUGAGUUCAUGGAAUCCCUUUGAAACGGUAGAAGAAUCUGCAGGUACUCAGAGCCAAAGCGUGAAUCAUCCCUCCUUGGAUGUUCAACUUGCUGAGGCCGAAGAACCAAGUUCUCACGCGAAAGAGCAUUUGGGAACCGUAGAGGACAUGGCGCACGAAGAUAAUUCUUUGGUGAUCAUGAGCAAGUGGAGCCCAACUGUGAUGUUCAAUUCUCUCAAUAACCCAGCAAUCCUUCAAGAGCAUCAAUAUGCAGAAUUUCAGUCCUUGGGAAAAUCUUGGGAGGCCUACAACAAUCACAUCUAA